AAACUGCACAAGUGAUUACUGGUGCUGCUGAAUAUGGGAUGACGGCGGUCAAAGUAAUUUUUAGACGAUUUUUCAGAUUGAAGUCGCAACAUGUCGCAAACUGUAAACGGCAUAACGGACGCUCUUCAUCAUGCCAGCCGUGUCUUUUGUUCCUGACCUCUCGCCGGUUUCAUAGACGUAAUCGUGUGAAGACAAACGGACUUGCUCUGUUAUGUCUCUAAAUUGUCGUGAUUGCGAGGUGUGACAGCCGUGCUACUGACUCGCAGUGUGUAAUAUGCGUCAUCCACAUAUUAAAACCGCAAGAAAAAGGAUCGUUAUUCAAUAAUAUAUAUUACAUUAAUAUACAUGACCGAAAUUUAGUGUAUGUAUUAAGCUACACCUUGCAUGCAGCAACGUUUCAUUGGAAAGCUUAAACUGAACUACGUAGGUAGCGCUAUAUGCCCCAGCGUUUCUAAUAUAAAUGUCCAGAGCAUACCCUUAAUGCUCAUCGACGAAGACGGCCCCCUCGCUCCUCCACACCCCGCCCAUCCCCUUUUUCGUCCCCUGUUCUUUGUCUUUAUUUCUUCAUUUUGAGCUUUUGUAAUCUUUAGAAACCCUCGGUCGACGUUUGACGGGAAGAAACCAGGAGUGAGAGACUUUGAAGAGAGGCUGAGCCCGGAUGAGGGUGAAUCCUCCUUUUUCUAACUCCUCUUCAUGACUACUCCCCCGCACUUGCAUAUCCCCCUCCGUUCACCCUUCAUCUCACACCGCCUUUGUGUUCCCAGUACGUGAUGCCUCAUAUCGUUUGCCAGCUACUGUCUAAACUACAGAUGAUCAAGAUGAUGGAUGAUAUUGAAUAGACUGUCAGAUUCUCAUUCACUGCGGCACGGUUUGUGGGACUAAGAUCCUAGGAUACUCGAAGGUAUAUUCGUCUGAAUUAACAAUAGGCAGGCUUGGAUCGUGUUGUCAGUAAUCGGUCUUAACUAUAUAUCAGCGCAACCUGAAUAAAAGAGCAUCUUCUUGCUCGAUCGGGGGCAAAAGAGUGAAAUGGAUUAAGGUGCAGGUAGAAAUAAAGCAGCGUACACAACCUGAAUACGGAAAGGGGAAAGCGAAGAGCCUGGGCACUUUGCAAAAUUCAAGACCAGGAACAAGACAAAGGUUGGCCCUGGCCAGACGACAUCAUGAUGUCUUCAAAGGAGAAGCCUAAGAAGAAGCCACCCAAAGACAGCCUGACACUGUUGCCCUGCUUCUACUUCGUGGAGCUCCCCAUCGUGGCCUCCUCCAUGGUGUCCCUCUACUUCCUAGAGUUGACGGAUGUCCUGCAGCCAGCACAAGUGGGUUUCCGCUGCCAUGACCGCUCAUUGAGCAUGCCAUACGUUGACAGCGGCGACGAGCUUAUCCCCCUGCUGAUGCUCCUCAGUCUGGCCUUUGCCGGACCUGCUGCUUCCAUCAUGAUGGGGGAGGGGCUAGUGUACUGUAUGCAGUCUCGCAUGAAGAUGCGCCCAGGUUCUGAAGGCAGCAUCAAUGCCGGUGGCUGCAAUUUCAACUCAUUCCUGCGCAGAACUGUCCGAUUUGUGGGUGUCCAUGUGUUUGGGCUGUGUGCCACAGCUCUGGUGACAGAUGUCAUCCAGCUGGCCACAGGAUAUCAUGCCCCAUUCUUCCUGACUGUCUGUAAGCCCAACUACACCCUGCCUGGAGUGUCCUGCGAUAAAAACCCCUACAUCACCCGAGAUAUUUGCUCGGGGGCGGAUCAGCACGCUAUCCUUUCUGCAAGGAAGACUUUCCCUUCCCAGCAUGCAACACUGUCCUCUUUUGCUGCAGUGUAUAUAUCUAUGUAUUUCAACUCCACCAUCUCGGACAGCACCAAGUUGCUCAAGCCAGUGCUGGUGUUCGCCUUUGCUAUCGCAGCUGGCCUCACCGGCCUCACGCAGAUCACCCAGUACCGCAGCCAUCCCAUCGAUGUCUACUCGGGCUUCCUCAUCGGGGCUGGCAUCGCUGCCUACCUCGCCUUCCAUGCUGUGGCCAACUUCAGAUCCUCAGAGGACGUGGUGCCCCGGCCACUCCCGGCCCCCCGGAAGGACGCGCUGCGGGCCCUGACGCAACGAGGCCACGAUUCGGUGUACCACAAGGGCCCCACAUCAGAGAGCAAUGAUGAACUAUCGGCCUCUCAAAGACUGGAUGGCCUGAACCGACAGGUGCAACGUGAGAAGGCAUCUCUGGGCAGCCUGAAGCGGGCAAGUGUUGAUGUGGAACUUCUGGCCCCCCGCAGCCCCAUGGGCAAGGAGACCAUGGUGACUUUUAGCAACACGCUGCCUCGCACCAACAACGCCGGCGUUGAGGAGCUGGCACGGCGCCACACCAGCGUGCACGUGCCACUGGACUCACUGCGCUCCAAGCAGUUGGUGUCUGAGUGGAAGCAGAAGUCAAUAGAACUACGGGGAGGCCUGCGGGGGGAGGAGGAGCAGGAUGGCAGCGAGGAAGAAGCCUCCGAUGACGGGGAGAACUGCGGUGACGAAGAGCUGACGAUGCCCUCCGCGCUGUACCCCAGCGUGCAGGCUGGUCGCGGGACUGCAGGGGGCACCAGGGUGGUGAUGCCGGCCCGCCCGGGAGCUCCGCAGCUGGUACACAUUCCAGAAGAGUCCACGGGUCCCCCGCCAGUGUCACCCAAGAGUGCGAGCACUCGGGCGAAGUGGCUGUCCAUUGCCGAGAAGAGCGGCAUUACAGCGACAGGGCCAGUGCGCCCCCCCAACCAGCCCCGUAUCAUGCAGGUCAUUGCCAUGUCCAAGCAGCAUGGCCCCAUCACAGUUACACCCAAAUCCUCAGAGACAUCCUCCUCCUGCACUUCCUCCACCGCCAGUACUGACUCGCCCCUGUACCGGCCUCCCUCCGAGCGUGACAGCUCAAGCAUUGUCACCGUGGAUGCCCAUGCACCCCAUCACCCUGUGGUCCACAUGUCCUCAGGUAAUGGCGGCCCCUGGGAGUGGAAGGGUACCACCAAUGGCAGUGCAGCAGAAUCCUACGAGCUCAAUGACCUCGGCCGGGAUUGCGCCCGCAGCUACCGCCCCUCCAAGAGCCUGUCUCCAGGCUCGUCCAUCGGUGAGGCCGACCAGGAGCCCCUGCCGGCCCCCCACCCUGAACUCCCACUGGAUGCCCGAGGUCGCGACUCCACCCUACGCCACAAGGCCCACCUCUCUGCCCCAGAGCGAGAUGGUGGUCAGGGGCAGACUGAGCAAGACCCUUUCUACAAAAAACUGCAUGCCAGCCGACGGUUUAAAGACCAUAACUAGCAGCCUGACUAGAGUAACCAAUUGGCUUGAAAGGAAAUUGUAUGUAUCUGCUCUCAAUUUCGUCCUUUGGACAGAUGAUGAAGUCAAACCAAGACGCGUAUGUCAAAGCUUUUCCUCAAGCAAACACCUGACAUUUCUCCAUUACAGAGGCCCUGAAUGUGGAGACUUACACAGACAGCAUUACCAAAAAGCAGAAGACUCACUUCAUAUGCUGCAGCGCUUACUCCGCUGUGCCAUCACAUACAGAAUAUUUGGUUAUUUUUGUUUAUUCAUAGCACAUGUAAGGCAGGGUGUUUCCUAAUGACAGUGUUUUGUUUGUAAACACUCCGCUGUCCUGUAUGUAUGCGUGCGUGUAUCUGUGUCUGUUUCCAUGUGUGACUGUCUGUGUGUAUGUGCGUCUGUCUUUGUGUGUGUGUGUGUGUGUAUGGCUGCGUGUCUGUGUGUGUGUACGUAUGCGCAUGUGCACUUUCAUGUGUGUCGUACACAGCCUCAUUGGAUCCACAUUCUUAAGGAAGCACCAAGAUUUGGCUGCAAACCCAGGAAAACGUGACCAGUCUGUUUUACUGGUGCUUUUUGAAACUAUCCAACUGAACCAAUACUGGACAAAACUGGCUUUGUGUAAAAUAUAUAUGGAUAUCAGAAUACCUGGAAGGAGGGAACAUUUCUAUCUUCAGUGUAACUAAUCAGUGCUGUUUGUUUUGGGACAACAUGGAAUGAAACAGACAUACAAAAAAACAAAACUUAAAAAGCGGAAGUAAUGAAGGUGAAAAUUACAGCUGUUUAGUAAGUGGAAGAUUUUCAGCUUGAAUUACUUUGGUCAAAGCAAUAGGCUCCCUGAAGACUGUUGUCUUUCGGUUAUUGAGAGACGUUUUAGUUUUUGACUUUCAUUUGUAUUCACAUGUGAAGCCUGCUUUUUCUGUAUUUACAGGACAUUUCCAAGCCUGAGGUCAAACUCCUGCAUGUUAUGUAUUGGUUGUGAAAUUCGGACGUCUGUCUGUAAAAAAGGAAAAAAAAAACAUUUCAAAAUGAUGCAGUCAGACAAAGAAA